AAGUAGCGCUCACAGCAACGCCCCCUUUGCCAUCUUGAGCCGGCAGAUCAAAUACAGCUCCGCCCACUCUAUCUCCCGGGCCAAAUGUGUGGCCAAUAGGGAUAUGGUUUUCCUGUGACGUCAUCAGCAGGGUCCCAUUCCCGGCGCUUUCUUGAGGUGGCUUUAUAGUUCUAGCACAAGAUGUCGGAAGACCUCAAGAAAAGAUUAGAGUUUCCCAACUCCCUGAUUCAGACACAGGCAGUGGCCCACCUCAUUGCUUCUGUGCUAAAAGAAAAAGGUACGGCAGAGAAGAUCAAACAGUCGUCAAACCAGACUCCUGCACUAAAUGUCCUUUGGGAGAAGUGCUGUGCAGACCAUGUGGUUGUACGGACAGCUUGUUGUGAUGCAUUGGUGGCUCUGGUUGAGCAGGGUCAUGCAGACUUCAGCUAUGUCCUCAAUGGAAUCCUAAACAUUUUCCCUUCUGCACGAAACACACAAGGCCUAGUGAAAUGUGUGUGGCGACUUCUACACAUUCAAGCUAAGAAUUCAGUGGAAAGUGGAGAUCCCCAAUCAAACCGCCUUUAUACAGUAUGGAAUCCUCCUCAUCCAUUUAUCAGCAUGUUAGAAAACAGUCCGGACUGCUGGCCGGCGCUCCUGCAGCAGAUGUCUACUCUGUCUCUACAGCGUCCAGAACGGGACCAGACGUCCAGCGUGGGUUUAUUAGUUCCUUUUCUGAGGUACCUGUAUUGUGAGCCGUCACAGCUGAAGGAAUAUUCCGCCUUUCGAAUGGGCCUCAGAAAAGCCUUGCUUCAGUAUUGCGGACAACGACAUGCCGACAGACCCUCAGCACCUGAUGAGCAAGUCCUUCGUCUUUUCCUUGACCUAACAAGCUAUCUUCAGGUUACAAACUGGACUCACGUCACAGAACUGUCCAUGUUUCUGGAAGAUUUGUGCACGUGUCUUCAGCAGCACUUGGAUUUCUGGAGAGACGAGCUUUCCCUUCUGUCUCUGCAAGUCUUAUGCGCCUGUGAAGUCAGCUUAAAGCUGACAGGAGACUGCUCAGCGCUGAUAAAAAUCCUGCAGCAGAACGCAGAUCUUCUGGGAGAGAAUUUUCCUAAAGAGCAAAGUUUAAUUGGCCUCAGCUCAUUGUUGCUGCAGUGUCCAGCUUGCCAGCAGAAACCAAUCCUGAAUCUAGCCUUGAAAAUCCUGUCAUGCUCAGGGUCAGGGGACAAGAAGGCCCCAGCCAUAGCCCAGGUUAUGGUAAUGCCACUGCUCCAUGUGCUAUCAUCCUCAACAUUAGCUGGUUGUUUCUUGGAAGAAGAUGGAGAUGCCUCACUAGAGCAGAUGGCUUUAAAUCUUUUGGAAAUAGUGCAGGAUAUAGACACCACAGAAAAAGUCAAUUUGGAUUGCAUUGGUCUACCUCUUCCUAUAACCACAUGGCACAAUUCGGUCUCUCUUAUCCUGAGCAUGCUUAACAAACUUAAAGGAGAUCGUGCCGCCUGCUGUGACUGGCUGUCUUCUGCAUGUUCCGUGUUACCAUUUGCUACUCAAAUGUCAGUCCAUAUCUCACUGGUGCUGAGUUUCCUUCUCGUUCGUGAGUCUGGGACAACUUUGCGCAAAGUUCUCAAGAUGACUACAGAAAUUGCCAAGGCUGAUCCCUCCCAGGUUCCAUAUCUAGUACCCGUUUUGAUGUUCAAGCUUGGCCACUCCUUGGAUCCAGAGCUAUCCCGUGACAUUCUGUAUACCUUGCCAUCCUUGGGUACUCACAAGGUGUGUGUGCCCCAGAUUCUGAGGGCCCUGCAGAUGUUAGGCAGUACUUCCCAACUGCAACCCAUCACCCUCCGGCUAAUGACUUCCUUAUGGGAGAAACAGGACCGAGUAUACCCCGAACUACAGAAGUGGAUAGCUAUGACUGACACACAUUCCUUGUCAGCUGGAAAGGAGACUCAGUGGGAGAAGACCGUGGCAAAAGCAGCAACCAUCCGAGAUAUCUGCAGACAACGACCUUACCAGCAUGGAUCCGAUAUGUUGGCUGCUAUUACCCAAGUUUUGAAUGAAUGCCCAAAACCUGACCAGGCAUCUCCUGUAGCUUUAGCAUUGCAAGGUCUUCACGCGUUGUGUCAAGCUGAGGUGGUGGACAUCCGCUCUACCUGGACUGCCUUAUCUCCCAUACUUAGCUGUGAGAGCCGCCCAUUUGUCCUGAAGGUAUUACAUGAGCUUUUUGCCUUGGUCCCUUCUCUGGCUGUAAGCACAGAUGAAUAUGAGAAUUUAAAAAAAAAUAUUGUCAGCCUACUUUGGAGUCACACUCGGAGCAAGGAUCCCAUUGUGUCUACUUCUGCUUACAAAGCUCUGUGUGAGUUCAGCUCGGAGGAUCAUACAGUUCUUCAUCUUCCUGAGCAGGCCAGGCCAGAGCAGAUCCCUCCAGAUGAAUCUGACAUUGGGGUGGAAGAGGAAAAGGAAGAGGUCCUUUACAUACCUGGCUCCUCUUAUAUUAAGCUGAUGGCACUCACUCCCGCCUCUGUUUUACCAGCGUUUGAAGUGUUCCUGGCAUCCCUUGUGAAGCAGGAAAUGGGUAACAUGCCACGUGGGAUUUACCACACUGCCCUCAGGGGAGGGUCUGUACGAUCUGACCAAGGCAAGACAGUAGCCGGAGUCCCCAGUUUCAUGCUGAAAAUGUAUGAGAAAAACAGACAGCCUGGCUUGAAGCCGGGAAUUGCAGCUGGCAUGCUGCUCUGCUAUGACCUUCCAGUUCAGACAGACAAGGAUGGCAGGCCCAUUAACCGAUUUCUGGCCAGUAGGGGACGGAGCUACCAGCAGAUGUUAACGGCGCUGAUACACGAGGUAAAUAUCCAGUCCUCUGAAUGGCACCGUUCCAUGCUUUUGCCCCAAUCUUGGCUUGGAUUCAUGAGCAGGGCCUACCAUGCAGUUUUACAGGGCAGGCAAGCUGAGCUGGAAAUGCAGUUGAAACAUGGGAAGGAUGACCCUCAGGAGCUGCAUUACAAAACCCAUACAGCUUGGCUCUGGGUGCGAGACGCGCUAACUGACGUUAUCAGAUCUGCUGUGAAAGAGAGCCCCGUGGUGAAAGGAAACUCUCUCUUGGCAUUAACUGGACUGGCUGUUGCCGUCUCAAAAUAUGAAAACAGCCUCCCUUCAGAAUGUGAAGGAGCCCCGGAGAUUGGACCUGAUAUACUACCUACAAGUGCUUGGCUCUCUAUGGUUAUAGACACCCUCCUCAGUAUUGUGGACAGCCACUAUCGUCCUAAGGGCAGAAUCUUCCCGUGGAUCCAGCAAAAAUCUUACUCCGGAGAGAACACGUCCAGUGUGAUUGCCCGCUCCUGUGCUGCCACAGCCCUGUCGCUGCUUGUCCCAGUGCUGGUUGUAUCGCUUAAGGAGACGGUGUCAGAAGUUCUCAGUAUCUUGACGGCCAAGUUACCUGGGAAGCCAGGGGCAGACGACUCUCAUCCUCUGCAAAUCCACAUGGGACUGGCACUGGGGAUGUUUAUCUCCCGGCUGUGUGAAGAGAAAGUCACUGAUGUGUCUGGUCAGCAGAUGAAUUUACAUAUGAUGAAGUCUCUGGAUGCGCUGGAAAGUUGCUGCUUUGACCCCAAUGUUGAAUACAACAUGGGCUGUAUACUGGGAGCAGGCCUUGCGCUGUCCUUCAUGAGUCAGAGCAACCAGACUGACAGCCGUGUCCAUGUCACUGCCACCCUGCGCAAACUUUACACAUCACUGUGCGACAGUGCAGACCAGAGCCGGACAGUGCAGGAGGUGCUGUCAUACUGUGUGGCUGUUGUCACUGUGUCUGCAUUCAGUGCUGGUGUCCUUAAUGCUGAGGAGGCUGAAGAGCACAUGAACAAGCUGCGGACAUUAACUGAGCAGAACCAGCAGACCCCAGGCUUGGCAUUGGCUUUGGGAAGCAUUGUUCAUGGGUUAUCGGUGUGUGGACACGGGAAAGCAGAAGACCUGAACAACAGACUGCUACCGGCCUGGAUAAAGAUUCUCCUGGCAGAGGGAUGUCCCACAAUGCAACGUCUGGCUGCUUUAAAUGGGCUGGUGGCCUUGGUUGGGUCUGAAUCUGCACUGAUACAACUGAAAUCUGAAGCCAUACACUCAUCUCAGUUCCAAAGCAGACUGAGCGAAGUCAUCAAAACAAUAAUGCAGAUAAUUAAUUUUUCUGGAGUGAUUGGCCUGCAGACCAAUGCAGCCUGGAUCCUCGGUCACCUUCACUUGUCCACGCUCUCUUCCACUCAGAGCAGGACCUCUGUCCCUCCAGAUUUCGGAUACCUGCCAGAAAGAAGCUUAAUACGGGCAGUGGUAGAUUUCCUUAUAUCUGCAGGGAAGAAAGGUCCUGAGUGUCUGCCCCCAGUCCUGGUGAAGGUGUGCGCCUCCUUGAUUGCUGCAGCCGCUGAUACGUAUCCGUAUCCUCCUGUCAACUGGGCAUCCAUACUUGCACCGCUGAUGAGACUUAACUUUGGGGCUGAAAUACAAAAACUUUGUAUCCAAAUAGCUGUGACUCAGGCUCAGACCUCCCAGAAGGCAGCAGUUCUCCUGGGAAUGUGGAUAGUGCCGCCACUUGUUCACAGUUUAAAUGUAAAAACCCGCUCCUACCUCCUAACAUCACUGCCUCUUUGGAUGAAGCAUGUGUCUGAGGAUAAACUGCAGACCUUCAUCGAUGUGCUUGUUGUUCCAAACUUUGAGGCACAGGAUGAGGCUAGAGAUAUAGAGAUGUCCCAACGCAUUCUGCAGGGUCUUAGCCAAGCCAUGAGACUUCCCAACCCCCCUCAGCACUGUUGGAGCUUCCUGUGUAAAACUACAGAGAAGAUCUUUGAGCUCUUGCCGGAUGAGAUACAGGAUGUAGAAGUGGAAAUCUUUGUAGAGGUUGCGAAAUGCCUUUCAGAAAUGGCCGAGAGUGAAAUUGAGCGGAUAUGCUCUAUUUCAAAGCACCACAUAGUGAAAACCACCUUUGUGAGACUGUAUCUGGUCUCGCAAGGCCGUCUACCCUUGAAAUGUAUGAACGAUAUCGUUGGUGCUGCUGUGGAUUGCAAGGAAACACAAACCAUAACAUGGAUGCUGCUACAGGCUUUUUAUCAGGCGCGGGUCACGAGCCAUCAGAACACAGGUGUUCUGAAGAGGAUGGAGUGGCUAUUAGACCUGAUCAGUCACAUACGAAACAUAGCCCAACAACAAACCCCAGCGGGGAGCGUGAAGAUCAGUGAGGCAGUGGACUUCCUGUUGGGGAUAUUUGCUGCGUCUGUUGUGGCAUGGGCUGAUCACGCAACGCCUUUAUUGCUUGGGGUCAGUGCCAGCUGGCUGGCAUGGAAAGAAGAAUCAUCGUCUGGAUUAGGCCAUAAAUCCUUGGGCAGGCGUUCACUGGACGUUCUAAGUGUCCGAGAAUGUUUAGCCGUGUUGCCGAAUAGUUUACAUCUAUUGGUAGCCAAGGAGCCUUGGAAAGAGCACGUGCAAAAGUUUAUUGACUGGCUGGCCAACCUACUUGAACUUCCUGAGGAGAACUUAUCUGAGGCUUCCAGAGCGGCGUUAAAAGCUGCCCUUGUUGCCCUACGAGGUCUUCCAGAGUUUAAAAGGAAAGUAGUGUGGACCAGAGCCUUUGGAUGGUAAUUAGUGCUUGUGUCUAAACAGCUACGCAAGAACCACAAACUGGCCAACUAUAGGGGCAGGGAUCUCCCAUAGUGCUGGACUUACCAUAUACUGUAUAUGGACCAAAGAAGAUAUCCUUGAGCUUUCAAGCAAUUGUUUUCUAUUUAUUUACGCCAUGACUCUCACUGUAACCUGGAAUCCCUUUAAUAAAUGUCAGAUUUCAAUUGCA